CUCGCUCUCACUCCGCUGCUCCCUGCAUGGCAAACGCGCGCCAGGAAACCCCCUGAUCCGAGCUCGGGUGUUGUAUCUGUCUGUCUCGCGGCUCCCCCCUCGACCUCGCGCGCCCAUCAGCGCGAGCAACAUGCCGCCACGGACUAGUAAAUAACAACAAACAAGACGCAACCGGGCGGACGCUGACGUCGGAUGCCGGGUGAAUGCAAAUAACGCUUUGCUUAACUGCAGGAGGAACAGAGCCCACCUGGAAGACGCGCAGAGCACCGCCGCAGACUGAUUUCCAUUGAUGAGGCAGCCACCCAAUGACUUGGAGAUGGCUCUGAGUGGGACGCUGCUGCCAUCCAUAUCCACUUUCGCCAACAGCACGACUGUCAAGAGUAAAGCCGCAAGACCCUCUAAUUUACGAUGGAAGGAGGAGUUGUCCCACCUUAAGAGAGCUCCGACAGGAAGCAGUUCCUCCGGCCUGGACCACACCUCGGCCGCCGCCGCUCACUGUAGCAUGGCCAAGAAAGACUCAGAACCAGACCUGGACUUACUGGACUACGACUUCAUCCUGUCCAACUCCCUGCUCAUACAGCAGCAGCAGCAGCAGCAGCAGCAGCAGCAGCAGCAGCAGCAGCAGCAGCAGCAGCAGCAGGAGGCGGCGAUGGCGAUGGCUUGCGGCCCGGCCCAGACCUCGCCCCUGUCCCCGUCCCCCGCCUCCUACUCCUCCUCCUACCCUCUCCCCUCUCCCCAAGGCCCCGCCGGUGAGCUCCUCUACACCCUGCCGGACCUCAGCGACGUGUCCCCGUCCGGGGGCUUCGUGGCGGAGCUCAUGAGGCCCGAGCUGGACCCCGCCUACCUCCACCACCCCGCCCCCGGCGCCAACGCCUCCGCCGCCACCGGCGGCGCCAGCGUCCACGGCAAGUUUGUGGUGAAGACCACCAUGGACAUGGGCGACUACUGCCAGGGCGUGAACGUGAACGUGGGCAAAGCCCGCGUGAGCGUCGCGUCGGAGCCCUUAUCCUCCUCCGCCACCUCCUCGCCGUCGCCGUCGUCGUCUUCGUCGGCUUCGGCGCUGCCGUUUCCGUGCCACCGGAUAAAGCAGGAGAACCUCGGCGACUGCACCAUCGCCCAGCCCCUGGACCUCCAGAUGACCCGGGUGGGCUCCCAGGGCAGGGGGGACCCCACGCGCUGCUUCCCCCACGGGGGCGGGCGCCUGGCGGGCACGGCCGGCAGCAGACUGUCCUCCACCUCCCCGGACCACCAGGUCCUGGGUCAUCACCACCACCAGCACCAGCAGCACCAGCACCACCACACCCCACUGGCCCAGCACGCACAGGGCUUCCACCACAGCUCCCCUCCCCAGGGCUACCCUUCCCCCUUCCCACAGCUGUCCAUGCACUACCAAGAGCCCCACCUGAUCUCCACGGGGGAACGGGUACAAGAGGAGACCAAGCCAAAGCGUGGACGGCGCUCCUGGCCAAGGAAGCGGAUCGCCACGCACACCUGUGACUACGUGGGCUGUGGCAAGACCUACACCAAGAGCUCCCAUCUGAAGGCACACCACCGCACGCACACAGGGGAGAAGCCUUACCAUUGUGACUGGGAGGGAUGUGGCUGGAAGUUCGCCCGCUCGGACGAGCUCACACGUCACUACCGGAAGCACACGGGCCACAGACCCUUCCAGUGUCAGAAGUGCGACCGCGCCUUCUCUCGGUCGGACCACCUGGCCCUGCACAUGAAGAGACACCUUUGAGGGGGGCGAUCUGGAAGGGGAUGGACCCUGAGGAUGAUGAUAAUGGGGUGAUGGGGGGAGGGGGGGGGGUGCAGGUGGUGAUGGUGAUGGUGGUGGAGGAAGGCAAACGCCAAAAAGAACUAAACAAAAUCCAAAAAUAUAACCCCUCCCCCCUGCCCACACUGAAAAAAUGCCAAAGUUCAUAUUUUCAAAACCAUUCUUUGCCUUCAAGCAAUUCUGGGAAUCAUCACAAGACACACUGUUUGUUGAUAGCUGCUUAUUAAAAAGAAAAUAAUAGCAGGAAUCGUUCUCCGGGAAAGGACUAGCCCUGUCCUUGUGCCGCUGGGACAGGUGAUUCCAACAUGUCCGCUCUCUCGAUCAGGGCCGGCUCAACUCAACUCUCAAGGGACCAAAACUGGAAUUUGUCUCACUUAAAGCAGAACAACCACAAACUUGGAUAACCGAGUGCCAAGAAGCACUUGUGACCUGGAGAAAGGAUAUCGUUGUCGGGCAGACACAGCUAUCCAAAAGCCAUAGCGAGACCACAAACCCCUGCCAGCCGUCUCUCAGUAAUGACACAACGUUUCUUUACAAACUAUUACAAACAAUCAAUAUUUAUAGAGAAAUUUCACCUGCGAUGCCAUCCAAUUCAGGUACAAUUCUAAUUUAUGUUACAGGCAGGUUUUGGGCUCAAAAAGAACGGAUUUACGGGAAUGGUACCAGGGACCAAGAAAGACAACAAACAGAGCAACAGCAUGAGAAUGAGAAAGACCUAAAGAGAAUAGGACAGUGCCAUAUGUCUGAGUGUCCUUUUGGAGCUCUACAGUCAGACUAUCUUAUCAGGUGAAAACCCUCCUUCAAUGGUGACGGCAAUCUUCAAUGCACUGCAGCUGCACCGUGCAAUAAUUUAUAGGAGACACACCAAUCAUAUUUUUGUAUUAAAUGUGUAACUCUGAACAAAAUAUUUGUUUUGUUUAAAGCCAAAAUAUAAUAUAAUCCUUAUUUCUUUUUGUACAUUUGUAAAUAGAAAAAUGCUUUCUUAACGUUUUGUAUUUUAUGUAUUUUACAUUAUAAUAAAAACGUAUUUGACCGGACUACUUUAUUUUCCAAUCCGUUAAACUUUUAUUCCAAAAGGAGGACUCGGGUUCUGGGUAGAUGUUUACUGGUUUCAUUCACACAAUUUGUUUCUCCUGCUGAGAACAUUAUAGGUUAAACUCUUUUCAUCCCAAAACCCUAGUUUAGUAUAGGGUCGGACUCAGGGAGUGGAUGAGCGCCUUUUAAAUGACAACAAAAGGCGAUGGAUGCGACACACAAUAUCUACCCUGGAUAAUAAAGAGUUUGCGCCUCAGGCAAUCUCGCACAAUGUUCCCAGCUAAAAGGAUGGUCAAAAAAUACCUCUACAAUGUCCACUUUCCAUUGUGCUCCCUUUCACCUGCCGGCUGGAAGAAUGGGCAGGGAAACCAAGCUACUGGAUGACAUUCAGCUGUGACACCGUAUCUUUCUCAGAGUCAGCAUUGUAUCUGGUGCGAUCAGCGACACACAUUGAACAGCUGAAGAAUAUAAUCCUAAAGGUUCUACGUUUUUUUUUUAUAUGAGGUUUUGAUCAACCCAAGAAUGGUGUGGAGGGUUUUUCUACUAACAUGUUACUUGACGGGCUGCUUAAUUACAUCUGAUAAGAUGUAAGGUAAAGAAGCUAGUUAACAAUUUCGUUCCCUGUCUACACAUCCCUCCUCGUAACAAAUAGGCCUACGAAGUGUAAUAGGCCAACAUUAGGUCAAAAUUUCAUGUUACAAUUUGAAGUGCUG